AUGAAUCCGCCCGACCAUCCGUCACUCGCUCAGCAAUUCCGGGCAUUCAUGUCGCGCGCUCCUCUGAUACGCUCGUCGCCCGCGCUGGGCUCUUCGUCGUACGGCGCGGUGCGCAUUCCGCAAGAGGACUCUGACGACGAUGCAAAUCUUGCAUCUCGCCAGCAAAAAGCCGCACGCAAAGCGUCCAACGGGACUCAACGUAUAAGCUAUGAGAGCUGCCCCGGGGGCCCUUCCAACGAUGGAAGAAGAAGCUCAAGACCGAAACGAUCACACUCCUCAAGCAGGCGAAAAAGCCGUGAACUGUACACAGAAGGACACAAUCGACGGCCCUCAUCUGCCACCUCAGAUGUUGGAAUGGGUGCUGAUUCUAAAUACUCAUUUGCGACGGGCCUUGCCGUGCCGGGAAAUCCAGUAAUGCAAGAGACCCCGGUAUCUUCGCCCUUCUUGACUAGUGAUGAUGAUGAAGAGGAUGUCUUGGAUAUUGAGGAUGAGGACAUAAAACCGGCCGAAGAAGACCCGCCUGACAACUCCCCAUAUGCCCAAGUAAGAGCCACUGUCCCCGCGACAGACGACAUCUCUCUUUCAAUCAAUACCCCUCGCAUGUGGAUUCUCUCGUUGCUUUUCUCGUUGACAGGUUCUGCUGCCAAUCUUUUCUUUUCUCUUCGCUAUCCUAGUGUCGCCAUAACGCCCAUUAUUGCACUGGUUCUAGUCCAUCCGCUUGGGAAGUUUUGGGAUGUCCUUCUGAAGAGAACGGGCGACCCCCUCGAGGUCUUCGAAAAUGGGACUCUGCAUCACAGAGAGUCGCUCUCUGGCGAAAUCGAUGCCCCGAAGAUUCCCUGGACCUCAAGGAUUCGACUGUGGUUUGCGCAGGGUCGUUGGAAUGAGAAGGAGCAUGCCUGCGUCUACAUCAGCAGCAAUGUAUCCUUCGGCUUUGCCUUUGCAACUGAUGUGAUCGUGGAGCAGCACAAAUUUUACCAGCAGGAUGUCCCCAUAAUGUACCAACUACUGCUCAUCGUCUCCACUCAAGUCCUGGGUUAUGCCUUUGCUGGUCUCACCAGACGGUUUCUUGUGCGCCCAUCGGCUAUGAUCUGGCCGGGAACCCUCAUGUCAACUGCUAUGUUUUCCACGAUGCACAAGACCAGCAACAAGAAAGCCAAUGGAUGGAGCAUCUCCCGAUACAAAUUUUUUAUUAUUGUAUGGGGAGGUGCUUUUGCUUGGUACUUUGUCCCCGGCUUGCUGAUGCCUGCGCUCAGUUACUUCAACGUCAUUACUUGGCUCGCUCCAAAGAGCGUCGUCGUGGCGAAUCUGUUCGGUGUUGCUUCGGGUCUCGGGAUGUUUCCUUUGACUUUUGACUGGGCUCAAAUCGCGUAUAUUGGAUCCCCAUUGCUCACCCCCUGGUGGGCUGCCGCCAACAUUGUGACCGGUCUCGUGGUCGUGAUAUGGAUCAUCGCUCCUAUUUUGUAUUAUAAAAAUGUGCUCUUUUCUUCUUACAUGCCCAUCCUGUCUGCAGCGGUGUUUGAUAACACCGGACACCUAUACAACGUGAGCCGCAUCUUGACUCCCGAGUUCCUAUUUGACCAGAAGGCCUACGAGGAAUAUUCGCCGGUUUACCUUCCUAUUACCUACGUGCUAUCCUACGGUGUCCAAUUUGCUGCCUUGACUUCUUUGGUCACCCACACUGUCUGCUGGUACGGCAAAGACAUCUUGCAUCAAACCCGGAAGGCUUUCGAGGAAAGACGAGAAAUGCCCGGUUUCGAGACAUAUCAGCCCCUCCGGACGGACAAUGGACCCCUUCCUGCUCGUCGCAGUAAUGACAUGUCAAGGGCCAGUUCCCAUGACCUGACCCGGGAGCUGCCCUUGGGUCUGGAGGAUGUCCAUUGCCGCUUGAUGAGGCGCUACAAGGAUGCUCCACUCACAUGGUACCUCAUUGUGCUUAUUACGAUGCUGGCCAUCGCCACUUACACUGUGGAGCACUACCCGGUCCACUUGCCCUGGUAUGGGUUAUUUCUAGCCCUGACUAUCACGAGUGUGUUUUUCAUUCCAGUCGGCAUCAUUAUGGCCGUCACCAAUCAACAUAGCAGUCUCUAUCUGAUUUGCCAGCUCCUCUGCGGCAUCGUCUUCCCUGGUCGACCGGUUGCGAACAUGAUAUUCGUGACUUAUUCCUACAUCAGCUCCGCCCAAGGCAUUAAAUUUUCCUCGGACCUGAAGCUUGGACAUUACAUGAAGAUUCCCCCUCGCAUUUUAUUUGGUGUGCAAAUGGUGGCAACCCUGGUAUCCAGUCUGACCCAGAUCGGCGUUCUAAACUGGAUGUUUGCCUUCAUUCCGGGGUUAUGCACCCCGGAGGCAAUCAAUGGAUUCAACUGCCCUAUUGCGCGGGUACACUUCAAUGGUAGUAUCCUUUGGGGAGUGGUUGGACCACAGCGCUUCUUUGGUCCGGGGGGCCUUUAUCGACCCCUCGUGUGGGCGUUUCUGCUAGGCGCAAUCGCACCCGUGGGAGCUUGGAUCCUUGGCCGACGGAGCAAGAAGAACAUCUGGCGCAUGAUCAAUUUCCCUAUUCUGUUUGGCAGUCUGAGUUGGAUCCCGCCGGCGACGGGGUUAAAUUUCUCUAUCUGGGCUCUCGUGUGUUUCGUGUUCAACUACGUGAUUCGGCGACGAAAGACGGAUUGGUGGGAGAAAUACGCGAUGACCCUCUCAGCAGCAUUGGAUUCUGGACUGGCAUUUGCCGUGAUCGUUGUUUUCUUCGCGUUUAUCUAUCCAGGCUGGGUCGAAGGCUUCCGAUGGUGGGGGACAGAGAUCUACAAACAGGGAUGCGACUGGAUUGCAUGUCCUUACAAGCAGCUGGAGCCGGGGCAAACAUUCGGGGGAUGA